UCGAUCGAAAGAACGAAUGGAGUCAAAAGAUUGGAUGUUGAGUUUUUUGGAUAUGGCUUACCUUCUUUAAAACCUUUCAAUGUUUUGGAAGUUCUUCAGUUCAAAAACAUGUUGAACUUGGAGGAUUGGGACUAUCCUAACAAAACUGAUAAAGAAGACAGGAAUUCCCGAGUCUCCGUGAGCUUAUGAUUGGUAACUGUCCAAAGUUGCAUCGGAAAUUACCCGCAUACUUGCCUUCUCAGGUGAAACUUGCAAUCAGAAGGUACCCCCGUGUGGCUUAUUCAGUAAUGAGCCUCCCAUAUCUUCUUGACCAUAAUAUUGAAGAUUGCAAUAAGAUGAUUCCAAGGAGCAUGGUCGACCUUACGUCUCGAACUACACUGAGAAUCAAGAGUUUGUCGGACCUUACAUGUCUGGCCGAUGGGUUUGAACAGUUUCCAGGAGCACUUAACCAUCUUAUCCUUUCCCAAUGCACCGGGUUGACAUCAUUGUGGCACAAAGGAAAGGAAGAGCUGCACCGCCUAGUGUCUCUUGAGCGUUUGUGUAUUGAAUCAUGCCCGAAACUUGUAUCCUUUCCCGAGACAUGUUUGUGGUCGACUCUUACACGUCUCUGGCUCAGAGAUUUUCCACUGCUUAAGGACCUGCCUUGUUGUAUAAUGAGGCAUGGUGAACUUACUGGCUGUUUUCUUGACUUGGAAUCGAAGCAUGCCCUUUACUCACAUGCUUUCCAAGAGGGAGAGUUUAGGGUUCGCCUAAGUUCGCUACCCGAGGGACUGAUUCAGGUCGGUAACGACACAAUUGCAUCUCAUCUCGAGCAUUUGGAGAUCAUCGGCUUUCAGUCUCUUGCUCGCUUUCCACAAGGUAGAUUACCGACUAACCUUAAAAUGCUCAAGAUAUUGGAUUGCUUGGAGCUGGAGCCAUUUUCAGAUGAGAUGCUGCCUGAUAAUGCAUCACUCGAAUACUUUGAUAUCUGGAAUAGUUCUACUCUAAUAAACUUGCCAGAUUCUCUAAACAAUCUCUCAUGUUUGACGGAACUGAAAUUAAGCAGUUGUUGGGAUCUGAAAUACUUCCCAGAGACUGGUUUGUCCCUCCCAAACCUGAGAUCUCUGGACAUCAUCAGUUGUGUUAGCCUCAAGUCUCUACCUAAUCAGAUGCAAAAUCUCACUUAUCUUCAAUAUUUCACGGUUUGCAACUGUCCAAGUAUGUGUUUUCUUAGAAGGGGUUUGCCUCCUAAUCUAUUGUUGCUCGAGAUCUGGGAUUGUAAAGACCUCAAGGAACCGGUAUCGAAUUGGAACUUGCAUACGUUAACUUCACUUGAAGACUUGAGGAUUGCUGGUGGAGAGGAGAUGGUUUCCUUUCCAGAUGAAGAUUGUCUAUUUCCAACGACUCUAGUUUCGAUAUACAUCACGAAACUCCAUAAUCUAGAAUUCCUGUCCAAAGAGCUUCGAAAUCUGUUUUGCUUGAAGAGCAUCAACUGUCCUAAGCUUCGGUACUUAGAAGGGUCGCCUGCAACACUUGGAAGACUUUGCAUUAGGAACUGCUCACGUCUAGAAGACAAAUGCUCAAGGGAGAAAGGAAAAUAUUGGCCCAUGAUAGCCCCUAUUCCCUGCGUGGAGAUAAACCCUACAGAUUAG